AUCUGUCUCCGAGGAGCGUUGGCAUGCAGAUGCAUCUGCCACGGCGUGAAAAAUUGAUCGAUUUAUCGAUUUGGCAAAAUCUGUGCAGUCAUUAUGACCGUCUGUGGCCGAAAUAGGUAGAAAUGAUCACAUUCUCAAUGCCUUUUGUCCAGUUUGCUUAAAUGACGUUUUAAAUGAAAAUACAGACAUUUUCUCAUACCUGUAGUGCUACUCAUCAGUCGAGGUUGUUUUGGUGUGAAUUGCAAAUUAUUGGAGCUAUCAGCUGUAGAGAUGUCCACCUUCUCUCCAGUACAAUGGAGCUAGAUGGCACUCAGCUUGUGGUGCUCAAAGUGCCAAAAAUAAAAAUAAAAAAAUAAAAAAAAAUUGAAAAACCCAACAGCAAUUUCUGUCCUUCAGAAAUCAUGACCUGUUUACUCAAGAUAAUCCACAGACCUUGUUGUGAGCAGUUUCAUGUAGGAACUACUUUCUUUGCUAGCUCACGUAGCCCUACUGAGCUAGCUAACAUUACGCACAACGUGAUUUUGCUAAGUAGAACAUGCUCCUGGAUCAACAUCCCCACUGUUGCCAACUCUUCAAUAAGAAAAGGAGCUACUGGCUGUCCUAAAAGUCGCUAGUAGUCGCUAAAUGAUGUCAUCGCCUAAUUUGCAUAAUUGGCCAUGUGCAUGUACUUGUAAUGGACGCUGUAGGAGAGAGUAAUACCGUUGUGGGAGAGACACAAAGUGAGUGAAAAACACCCUGAGUAUGUUUACAACUACAAAUGAACUUUCUUUCAUCUGCUCUGACUGCAGCUGGGAGGGACUGCUGCGUGAGGCCUGUGAGUGCUUUGGAACAGGGAAGGGGCCCACGGCAGCACCCACUGCUCGUUGAGUACACACACACACACACACACACACACACACACACACACACACACACACACACAGGUGAGCACACUAGGCGUUGUCACCUAAAUGACAAAUUCCAGCACUUGCUGCUCCUGCCCCCUCGGCCCAUAUCAGGAUCCACUACUGUCGGGAUGUAUCAGAUCAGUCCGAUCAGCCGUCCAAUCAAUAACCGAUAUCCAAUCAGGGGGUGUGUCGGUCGGUAAAAGACUUCCACUAAAGGCUGCACUUGUGUAUCCUCACUUCCCUCUCCUCUGAAAGCCUCCUCUCUCCUCAACUCCUCCGAGUGCAUUUAACCAACUGAGAUGUCCUACAAGAUGGCACGUCUCGAUCCAUUUCCAGGUCAAGUGACAGAGGAUAGAGGAGUCGAGGAGGGAUACUGGAAUGAGGUCUAGAGUCACUCACUCUACCUACAUACUUUGUAAAUACAUGUACUGCUGUAUUUCAAUAAACCAAGCCAGAAAAUAGCACUAUCAGUUUUAUUUUAUGCCGCUCGCGAUGUGGCCUAGGCUGCCGUUGUGCCAAGCUAGCGUGUUAGCUAUCUAACUUGUAUGCUGCUGGUGGGCUGUUGUUGUCAUCCAAAUGCCAAAACCACUUGUACAGUUAAUUAUUACAGUGAGCAUUUUUUGAACAUGUUUCACUGUCAGAACAGAAGACAAAAACAGGCUCCUCAUUUUUAGUCAGCUGUUGCAGCAGAGUGACAGUCUCUGGGAUAUUUGAUCAGCAGGAGCCAACUGGUGUGAAUUUCCACCUGUUUUCCACCUGUUUUUAAUGUCACACAGUGUGCUGCCGGUGCUUAGCAACGGUUGCUAAGCUGCAGUCAUUUGGUUAGGGGGAGGAGUUAAGCAGGCAGGUAACUGCUUGGUGAUGACAUCACCUUCUAGAAUGUCUUUCUGAAAUAUGCCUUUGUGACAUCACGUUACAAUUUCUGACACUUAGUAAGUACAAGCCCAGGUCUCAGCUCUGUAAGACGCGCAUCGCAUUGCUGUUACGUGUUGAGGACACAUUACUAGACCGCACAAUCCUACUCAUCGUCGUUUUAGAUAAAAUGGCAGCAUCACAGAGAGCAGAGGCGUCCCAGUUUGGAAUGGACCAACUUCGUCCUUUAGUGGACAGAUUUUUCCAGCGGCUGUCAGGAGCACAGCUUCAAAUGAUUAAGGAUCAAAUACCAGAUAAUGCCACAAUAGCUAUGUUGGCAGAGCUGCUGAUAGAUAUAUUGGUAUAUCUGACAGACUCCUUUGUUGCCAAUGUGACAGCUUAUAGACCGAUACCUAAGGAGCAUAUUGUGUCCACAAUGGGCAACGCAGUCCCAGAGGCUUUUGCUCAAGUUCUGGGCGUAGACAUAACAGACCCUGACGUCAGCUCACAGAGCUUGACUAAAAUCAUGUCUGAGGAGGUGUCUAAAAGCGUCAACUCCGCCAUCACGGCGAGCCGAGAUGCAGAGAGUCAGUGUAUGUCUCGCAUGACUCCCUCUUGCAGACUUAAUGACAUGGUUAAGCACGCUCGAUCCAUGAUACAGUCAUUCCUCUGCCAAAUGAAAUCAUUUUUUUGCCUGUCUCAAAAAUCUUCACCUGGAGAUCUAGAGAUUGUGGACAAAGAGGAUGAUGGUGAUCAUGAUGAGAGCCUGACUGACACAAGGAAAUCAGAGGACAGUGCAUUAUCUGUACAGGUAAGAAGCCAGACUGACUCAAGGAAAUCAGAGGACAGUGCAUUAUCUGUACAGGUAAGAAGCCAGACUGAUUCAAGGAAAUCAGAGGACAGUGCAUUAUCUGUACAGGUAAGAAGCCUGACUGACUCAAGGAAAUCAGAGGACAGUGCAUUAUCUGUACAGGUAAGAAGCCAGACUGACACAAGAAAAUCAGAGGACAGUGCAUUAUCUGUACAGGUAAGAAGCCAGACUGAUUCAAGGAAAUCAGAGGACAGUGCAUUAUCUGUACAGGUAAGAAGCCUGACUGACUCAAGGAAAUCAGAGGACAGUGCAUUAUCUGUACAGGUAAGAAGCCUGACUGACUCAAGGAAAUCAGAGGACAGCUCAGACAGUAGAAAAUCUCAAGUCCAGAAAAUAGUGUCUCAGGAGCUGGGAGAUGUCUUAGAUACUUUACUGGAUGAUGCCUCUGACGCUGAGCGUGAUGUGUUGCUACGUGACACCUUACAGGAGAGUGAUAGUGUCGUGAGUGACAUCAGCGAGUCUGCUGGUGCAGCAGUUGGGGCAGAUAAAAGCCUAAGACCCAAAAUAACUCUUCUGUUGGCUAAACAGUAUGCCAAACAGUUAAUACAUCGGGCCGCAAGAAAUCUUAAGAAAAUAUUCUUGCCCAACAGGAAAGUGAUCAGCAAAGAAUCACUGCAAUCCUUUGCUGACACUGUGUCUGAACUGCUCCGACCAGAGGGUGGUGAGAAACAGCCAGCUGGAGAUGAAGCCUUGCAGUUAGAAAAACUGCGACAUAUUGCAGAAGGUAGAGACCUAGUCUUUACAGAGGCACUGAGGAGUCUCCUUUCUGAUUACACCAUCGAGGGGAUGACUCCACAGAGUGCGCUUAGACCAUUUAGAAAUACAAUGGGCAACAUCAGGUGGUCUACUUCCAGGGCAGUGUGGCGUUUUCAGGUACUGCUGAAGUGGUGGAUGACGUAUCAGACUGGCAUCCAUUGUGACAAUGUCAUGAAGGCUUUAAAUGCCACUGGGACAGGUGCUGAAUCGGUGCUCCGUUUAACACCAGACCAGGAUUCAGAGACAGAGAAAAACAAACUCACUGUCCGAGUACUUGCUGAAAAGUUUGUCACAAGAGUCUUUAAAAAAGCUAAGGUCGACAUCAGAUGUGAAGACCUCUGUGUCUACACUGACCGCCUUGUCAGUAAAAUGUGGGCUGAGGUUGAGGGAGCAGAUAUUUAUAUCUCCCCAGAAACUUUUAAAGGCCUCGACAAGGCAGUUUUUAAGGACUUGUGUAAAUCCUGGGGCUGUGCUGAGCUUGUUCUGCUGAGAAUGAACCAAGGAGAACAAGAAAUCAAUUGCAUAGCCGGCACCUUUGCACACCAUCUGAUGACGCCACCGAAGCAACGAAGUGCCAUCUGCAGGUUCUUUUCCAGUCUGGGCCAAGCUAUCUCUAAGCCCUUCACUUCAACCAGGGUCACUUCCAUUUAGUUGACAUCUGACAGGAUUCAUGUUGGAGGAAAAAACUGGCGUGAGGCCUUUUUCCUCCAACAUGAAUGCAAUAGAGAGCUCAUGUCCUGCCUCCCAUCCAGGUUACCCCCAGGUUACCUUUUGGACACAUGUGAGACAGGACUUGAGCUCUCAGGACCACCUUGGUAGUCAGCAGCACAAUCUCACAGGUGAGGGUUUGAUUCCCUGUCCUGAGUCUUUGUGAGUUUGUGUGUUGUCUACCUAGGUAGUACGGGUUUUCUCCGGGUGCUCCGGUUCGCCCGUUUUCUUCAAGCCAUGCAGCAAAAGCUAAUUGGUUUCAUGUUUUUACAAUUCGAUCAUAACAAUUACAUCAAUUAAAAAAAAACUAAAUUGAUCUUAUGUCUCUUGUCAUUAUCUGUCAUAGCUGUAAAUAUUCAAGUCAGGCUGAACUUCUGUUGAUUCAGUUUCACUCAGGUUAAAGGUUUUGUGUAGAAAAUACAGAGAAAAGACUGAUCUUUUGUUUAUUUUUAAUGUGAAAGGCAGUUUUUUAGCAUGAAAGUUUGCUUUUGAUACUUGAACUAUGUUUUUCUGAGAUCACCCUUUGUAGCAAGGUUCUGUUUCAAAAGAAAAACAAUAGACUACAAGAAUUCAAAAUAUUAGAUCAAUUCAUUUCUCUUAGAGUGUGUCAGUGAUCAGUUUGGCUGACUGCUGAGCAGAUGUUGUCAAGUUUUUCAUGACUGAGUAAGUCAUCCUGUUCACACGAUCUUUUUCUGGACCAAAAGGAACUUUCUGGCACCAACAGCACGCGACAGUCACCGCCGGUCUGAACCUGAAGGUUUCGUGAAAUUAACAAAACAGGAAAGUAGACGGUCUGGCCUUCAAAUUAAAAGUAUAGAAAUUGUCGUUUAAAACAUGACUGUUUUGAUCCAUCAGCAGUCUACAAAAGAAAACAGACUUGAACAUUUAAAAAAACAACAACGUUAUACUCCCACAAGAUCAGGCCCCCACCACCAGACCAGAGGCCAUAAUAAAAGCAAUGGCAUCACAUAUUAAUAAAAUUCAGCUAUACAUGUCUGCACACAUGUGAAUGUGCGCAUCUGAAACAUAUCUAACCCACAACAGACUGUGAAAUAUUUCCCAUGUAGCUCCUUUUUCUGAUGCCGCAUACGAGGAAAUGUUAGAAGACAGAGCUCAAUAAUCGUCCACCUUGAUGCAGGCAAGGAAAAACAUAAAUAACCAAAUUGAAAUAGUCAGAUGCAUGUGUCACCUGGUAGGUUAGUUUAGGUGAACAGGGGAGCUCAUGCACUUUCUUGACCUGGGAAAAUAGUGUGCCAAAUAAUUAUAAUGAACACUAAUAUAACAACUGAUUACAUUUGAACAGAUUGCGAAGCCCCUUAGGAGCACUUUUCACCUCAUGCUGUUGUCUUUGCAGUUCACUGACUGCAGUUAAUAAGUCAACAGUGUUGUGUCACACACGGUGGAGUGAACCUUGACAUGCACAACAUGUUUCACGCAGGAUCUGUAACAUGUAACACAUGUUGGUUACACAAAAGGCGAACCCAUCAGUCCAAGAGUCUGUUGUGUGACUGACAUUGAUCUGAAACUACAGAUCAAUGUUCCAAUAAAUAAAUAAGACUGCAGAGCGCAAUCACUGCAUGUGUUUUUCAUUCCUUUUCUCUGUUCCCUCCUAUCAGACGUUAAAAGAAUAAUGAGGCCAGGAAAUAGGAGAAAUCCCACAAAGCACUGGGUGAGGAACAUCUGCAACAGUUUGCAUACUAGUUUACAUCUCCAUUGUUUUCCCUACUUGUUGCCAAGCACUCAGCAAAAGUGCUGUGACCAACUGUGCUGGUUGCAUAAUUCACCCUGACACAUCUGGUGUCAUCGGAAACUAUGGGAUGUUGACUGGAAGUCAAAGUUGAUGUGCUGGCUGCUGGUGGAGAAGAAGGGAGGACAGAAGACAGUAUAAUAAAUAUGAAAUGUCAGAUGAUUUUUUUUUUUAAAAUUGUUGUUGCUUUAUCAGCCGAAUUACAGGCAACCACUGUGUUGUUAAGAGGAGUUGACGAAACUCUACAUUAGAUCAACACUUUCCCAUGUGGAUCCAUCAUUAAGGAAAAAUGAGCGUUUUUAAGAUGAGAUCUGGCACAUUGCAUUGAGCAAAGUUUAUUUUCUUGGGAACUGUCAAUAUAUUAUACAUUAGAUUUUUUUCUUUUCUUAAUUGACAUUUCUUUGGGUGGUUUAAGUCACUUACCAGGACGCAUGAAUCAGUUUUGGUCAAAUUAAACUCAAUCCCCUCCCGCUCACAGCUGACUUGCACUGACACCUGAACCAGCUGUAAACGUUGAAUUUGUUAAAACAAAAGCCGCUUGAUGCAUUUGAUUCAAGCCGAAAAGAAGUUUGGCCCCUAACGGCCCAGAACAACAUCUCUAAUUAAGUUUUAGCACGACGCCGCUGCGGUAAAACAACAAUUAGCAGAUUUUUGAUCGCAGUUUGGCGACGCCGGAAAAAACUUCAUACUGCUGUCGUUCACAGAACCAACCGGAGUCUAACAUUUGUUGUUUGUGAGUUUAAAGUUAUUAAA